UUCAUUUUUUAACGUCGUGAUGGUAGAUCUCGUCAUAUCUUGAAAUAAUCAAACGGUUUUCUGAAUUCUCGAAUAAUACGAUGUCUCGGCAAGCUACUUAAACAUCGCGCCAACAAUUUUUUCGUUCUUUUGGCCGGAUGGCGCCACCCGCUUCGCAUUUAUCCCGUUUUCAAAUCAAUUGUAUAAUCGCAAAUUUAAGCAGUCCUUAUCCUAAAGAAAUAUUGUAGUUGAUUCAAGUAAUAACGUAAUCGAGACGUCGUCACCGGGCAAUUUCUUACUUGGUUGUAAGAUCGUGGGGUGCUUCGUCGACAGCGCGGGUGAAUUUCUGUCGAAGUCGUUGAUUGGAGUGAUGGGAAACGGCGUCUACGAGCGAUCCUGAUUCGCGGAAUUCUUCGUACACCUGUCAGAGGAGGAUUUUCGAAGGUCACUCCCGGAAAAUGUCCCUUGCCAGGCGCGUCAUCUUCAUUUGAUACGAUGUCCGACUCGAAUUCGCCGAAAGCCGAGACCGGUAGCCCCAGUUCGUUGGGGGAUUUGAGAAGAUUUCGGUUCCAGAAGCGGCAAGCAAAGAGGAUGAAUACGUCCGACGAUGACAGUAACAUAACGAGUCCAGAGAUACAGAUCAGGCGUAAAAUCGUCAAUCGUAUAGAAGAUAGCGACAGCGAUGCUAGCAGCCCGAUCAAGCACCAGCCAUCUAGUUCAGAUGUAAGUGAAGACAAUAAAACCAAAGAGAAAAAUUUCAAUCCGAAGUAUCCGACUGGCUUGUAUCCACGAGAAGAUAUUGCUCACGUUCAAAAGGUAUUAAAUAAUACCAAGUGGAACCCAGAAGAGGCCAAAGAGGUAUUAACGAGCAAUGGAAAAAGGCAUAUCGAGCACUCACCAAGGGUUAGCCAUAAAAAGCGUCGGAAAAAUGAACAGGAAGAAGAAGUAGACAUUGACUCGGAUGAAACCAAUUACAAAAGUAAAGUAUUUGACAGUGAUGAAGACUCCGAUGUGGAAGUAUCGGAUGUUCUAACGGGUGAUAAAAAGGCAGUUUUAGAAUUUAUGCGAAGUGCCUCAUUGUCCGAACUUCUCUUGAUGCCACAGUGUUCUCAAAAGAAGGCACAAGCCAUCGUCGAAGCACGCCCAUUUGACAGCUGGAGUGACAUAGUUAAAAAAUUUCAAACUACAAAGUACUUGGAUACUGAACUUCUCAAUUCUGCACAAAUGUUGUUAGCCACAAGACAAGUUGUUGAAAUUCUUAUGAAGAAGUGUUUGCGACUUGCUACAAAUAUGGAAAGGGCAGUGGCUGCCGGUGCAUCUACUAUAAAACAACAGCCCAAAAGUCUUGCAUCGGGGUUGACGUUGGCACCAUAUCAAAUGGUUGGUCUAAAUUGGCUAGCAGUACUUCACAACCACAACGUCAACGGAAUAUUAGCUGAUGAAAUGGGGUUGGGAAAAACUGUGCAAGUCAUUGCAUUUCUUACUUACUUGAAAGAAAGUGGGUUAUUGGAUGAGAGAGAUGGGCCUCAUUUGUUGGUAGUUCCAAGCUCCACCAUGGAGAAUUGGAGUAACGAACUGGAGCGAUGGUCGUCUAUUUUAAAAGUUGUUAAAUAUUAUGGCUCCCAGGAUGAGCGGAAAGAAAUGAGAAUGGGAUGGCGUAAUGGCGAUUUGGACGACGUGGACAUCAUAUUAACCACUUACAACCUUAUCAGUAGCACGCCAGAAGAGCGCAGGCUCUUUCGUGUAAUGCCAAUUCAAUAUGUUGUCUUUGACGAAGCACACAUGCUCAAAAAUAUGAGUACAAUACGAUACGAGAACCUUGUUAGAAUUAACGCAAAGCAUAGAAUUCUACUAACCGGUACUCCGCUACAAAAUAACUUGUUGGAACUAAUUUCCCUGCUGAUAUUUGUGAUGCCUUCGAUGUUUGCCGGAAAGCAAGCUGACUUAAAGAGCCUAUUUUCGAAAAAUCCUAAAGUCCUGGCCGAAAAAGGAGAGAAGGAUCGACCCAUGUUUGAACGCGAACAGGUCAAGAAUGCUAAACUCAUUAUGAAGCCUUUUGUUCUACGUCGGUUAAAAACCGAAGUUCUACGUGAUCUACCGAUUAAAAAUGAACAAGUUAUCCGAUGUCCCAUGACGAUACAUCAAAAGGAUAUGUACACAAAUUUAGUUGCUGAAUUUUCGGCCGAGGCAGGCCUCAACGCCGACGUCAAUGGGGUUGGCAUGAUGAUGCAACUGCGAAAGCUCGCCAAUCACCCUCUUCUCGUUCGAAAUUAUUACGACGAAGAAAAAUUACAGAUUAUGGCAAAGAGGUUAGCAAAAGAACCUGGGUAUAAACAAAAAAAUCCGCAAUACGUCUUUGAGGAUUUGUCAUGGAUGUCCGACUAUCAGAUAAAUCAACUAUCUAGAACGUAUAAGAGUUUGGCUGGUCAUGGUUUACCACUUGACCUCAUUCCUAAAGCUGGAAAAUUAAAUAAGUUGGAUGAGCUUUUGCCUGCAUUAAAAGAAGGAGGUCAUCGAGUGCUGAUAUUCAGCCAAUUCACCAUGGUCCUGGAUGUUCUAGAAGAAUACUUAACAAUUAGGAGUCAUACGUUUUUAAGACUGGAUGGCCAAACGCCGGUUACGGAAAGACAAUCGAUGAUCGAUGAGUUCACAAACGAUCCGAGUAUAUUUAUUUAUUUACUUUCGACGAGAGCGGGUGGAUUGGGCAUUAAUUUAACAGCUGCGGACACUGUGAUAAUACAUGAUUUGGAUUUCAAUCCAUACAAUGAUAAACAGGCAGAAGAUAGAUGUCAUAGAGUUGGCCAAAAGAGGCCAGUUACAAUAAUUAGAUUGCUAAGUGAAGGUACGAUUGAGGAAGGCAUGUACGAGAUUGCACAAGACAAACUUUCAUUAGAGAAACAGAUCACCAACAAUGAAGAGAAUGAAAGUACGGAUAAGAAAAGCGUGCUGAAAUUGCUCAAGAUGACCCUGGGAAUAGAUAUUCAUAAUAAAUCACUAUCGUUGUCACCAUCGAAAGGUACAGCAAAAGGUUUUGUUGAUGACAAACGAGAUUAUGACCUAGAGUUUUAAUAUUUGUCUAAUAAUAAUCGGUCGAUCAAUGAAUAUAUUGGUUUUUGAUACAUUUUA